CACCCACUUUUGUAAUCUAAUGUUUGCCGCCUCCACACUUAAGCAUGCAGAAGAAAUUACUAUUCGACUGCCACAUCUUCCUGGUCUCGAUCUUGUUUCUUGUAUGGCCACACUAUGCAUCGGUGGUGAAUUUGGUACGUCAACCACCACGGCCCAUCGUUUUCACCCCUCAUAAUCGUCCAGAAUCACAUCCACAGCAGGUACAUGUGUCGUUGGUCGGAAAGAAUUAUAUGAAGGUUUCAUGGGUGACCGACGAAAGUCGUGUGCCCUCUACUGUCGACUACGGAACAACUCCCGGGAAAUAUGACUCGUCCGGCACCGGAGAACACACGUCGUACCGCUAUUUCUUCUAUACUUCUGGAAAAAUCCACCAUGUCACAAUUGGACCACUACUACCCGCCACCACAUAUUACUACCGGUGCGGUGGUUCCGGCCCAGAGUUUAACUUCCGUACACCACCUGCUAACUUUCCCAUUGAGUUUGCAGUUGCAGGUGACCUUGGACAAACCGGAUGGACGGCCACAACCUUGAAUCAUAUGAAUGCAACAAACUAUGAUGUUCUACUCCUCCCUGGUGAUCUAUCUUAUGCGGAUACACAACAACCACUUUGGGACUCAUUUGGACGUUUGGUGGAGCCAUAUGCUAGCCGUAGGCCAUGGAUGGUGACCCAAGGGAACCAUGAACAAGAAACUUUUCCAAUCAUCUACCCAAAUGGGUUCAAAGCCUACAACACUCGUUGGCCCAUGCCAUACGAACUAAGUGGAUCAAAAUCAAACCUCUAUUACUCAUUUGAUGUAGUGGGAACUCACAUUAUUAUGUUGGGCUCAUAUGCGGAUUUUUCUGAUCAAUAUAAGUGGUUGGCUAAUGAUGUCGCUAGAAUUGAUCGAUCGCAAACACCAUGGGUUGUCGUGAUCAUCCAUGCCCCGUGGUAUAAUUCGAAUUUGGCUCAUCAAGGAGAAGGUGAAAGCAUGAGGGUGGCAAUGGAGGAAAUGUUGUAUAACUCCCGUGUCGACAUAGUUUUUGCUGGCCAUGUUCACGCAUACGAACGCUUUACAAGGAUUUAUGACAACAAUGCUGAUCCAUGUGGUCCCAUACACAUAACAAUUGGAGAUGGAGGGAAUAGAGAAGGCCUCGCCAUGUUAUACAAAGAGCCUAAGCCUUCAUUGUCAAUAUUUCGGGAAUCAAGCUUUGGACAUGGUCGAUUGAGGAUAUUGAACAACACACACGCUCAUUGGUCAUGGCAUCGUAACAAUGACACCACCGCAGUUGUAGCAGAUGAAAUUUGGUUUCAAAGUUUGAGUUCAUCUCCAUCAUGUAUCCCAAAAAUAGAACCAAAUGUACAGCUAACACAAGUAAAUGAUGAGCUUUGACUGAAUUCUUUGAUGCCUAAGUUCUUGUUUGAAGAUA